UGCCCGCCCGGGGCCCGCCCGCUCUCGCCGCCUCCCGCCCCCCGCGGCCGGCCGCUCCCCGCCGCCGCCGCCCCGCUCGGCCGCGCCGUGCCGAAAGUGCGGUUGCUAAGGGCGGCGCGGCGCUUUACCCAGCGGCCGCCCCGCGCCAGGCGCCGCCGCAGCCUCCAUUGUUGCGGCCCGGCCCGGGCCCGCCGCAGCCGCCGCCGCCGCCCAUGGAGCCGCCGCCCGCGCCCGCCCGCUGAGCGCGGCCCCCGGGCCGGUGAGCGCGGCCGGAAGGAGGGAAGGGCGGGGAGGGCGGGCGGGCCUGCGCCGGGGCCCGGGGAGGGGGCGGCGGGGCGGGGGGCCCGGCCUGGCCUGGCCUCACCUCAGCCCCCCUCGGUCCCUCGGCCCCCGUCGGCCCCGCUCGGGCGGGCGACGCCAUGGGCGUAGACUUCGACGUGAAGACCUUCUGCCACAACCUGCGGGCCACCAAGCCCCCCUACGAGUGUCCGGUGGGCACCUGCCGCAAGAUCUACAAGAGCUACAGCGGGAUCGAGUACCACCUCUACCACUAUGACCACGACAACCCCCCCCCGCCCCAGCACACUCCCCUGCGCAAGCACAAGAAGAAGGGGCGCCAGGCCCGCGCCGCUGACAAGCAGUCGCCCAGCCCCUCUGAGACCUCCCAGUCGCCGGGCCGCGAGGUGAUGACCUACGCCCAGGCCCAGCGCAUGGUGGAGGUGGACCUGCACGGCCGCGUCCAUCGCAUCAGCAUCUUCGAUAACCUCGACGUGGUGUCCGAGGACGAGGAAGUUCCCGAGGAGGUGCCUGAGAAUGGGAGCAAUAAGGAGAACACGGAGACCCAGAGCGUCCCACCCAAAUCCGGCAAGCACAAGAACAAGGAGAAGCGCAAGGACUCCAACCACCAUCACCACAACGCUUCGGCUGGCACCACCCCCAAGCUCCCCGAGGUGGUGUACCGAGAGCUGGAGCAGGACACCCCCGAUGCCCCACCUCGCCCCACCUCAUACUACAGGUACAUCGAGAAGUCGGCAGAGGAGCUAGAUGAGGAGGUGGAGUACGACAUGGAUGAGGAAGAUUACAUCUGGCUGGACAUCAUGAAUGAGCGGCGGAAGACCGAAGGCGUGAGUCCCAUUCCCCAGGAGAUAUUUGAGUAUCUGAUGGACCGGCUAGAGAAGGAGUCCUACUUUGAGAGCCACAACAAAGGGGAUCCAAAUGCCUUGGUGGAUGAGGAUGCCGUCUGUUGCAUUUGCAACGAUGGGGAAUGUCAGAACAGUAAUGUCAUCCUCUUCUGCGACAUGUGCAACCUGGCUGUGCACCAGGAGUGCUACGGGGUGCCCUACAUCCCGGAGGGACAGUGGCUAUGCAGACGGUGCCUGCAGUCACCGUCACGAGCUGUGGACUGCGCCCUCUGCCCAAACAAGGGGGGGGCCUUCAAGCAGACGGAUGAUGGGCGCUGGGCACAUGUGGUCUGUGCCCUCUGGAUCCCAGAGGUGUGCUUUGCAAACACCGUCUUCCUGGAGCCCAUCGACAGCAUCGAGCACAUCCCGCCCGCGCGCUGGAAGCUGACCUGUUACAUUUGCAAGCAGCGCGGCUCUGGGGCUUGCAUCCAGUGCCACAAAGCCAACUGCUACACUGCCUUCCAUGUCACCUGCGCCCAGCAGGCCGGGCUCUACAUGAAGAUGGAGCCUGUCCGGGAGACGGGAGCCAAUGGUACCUCUUUCAGUGUGCGCAAAACUGCCUACUGUGACAUCCACACGCCGCCGGGCUCUGUGCGCAGGCUUCCUGCCCUCUCUCACAGUGAGGGGGAAGAGGAGGACGAGGAGGAGGAGGAGGAAGGGAAGGGCUGGAGCUCUGAGAAAGUCAAAAAAGCGAAGGCCAAGUCUAGGAUCAAGAUGAAGAAGGCACGGAAGAUCCUGGCGGAGAAACGAGCCGCAGCGCCUGUGGUUUCUGUGCCCUGCAUCCCUCCGCACAGGCUCAGUAAGAUUACAAACCGUUUAACCAUCCAGAGGAAGAGCCAGUUCAUGCAGAGGCUGCACAGCUACUGGACUCUGAAGAGGCAGUCCCGCAACGGUGUCCCUUUGCUCCGCCGCCUUCAGACACACUUGCAGUCACAAAGAAACUGUGACCAGAGAGAUACUGAGGAUAAGAACUGGGCCCUGAAGGAGCAGCUGAAGUCAUGGCAGCGCCUCCGCCAUGACCUAGAGCGUGCACGCUUGCUGGUGGAGCUGAUACGCAAGCGAGAGAAGCUCAAGAGAGAGACGAUCAAAGUGCAGCAGGUGGCACUGGAAAUGCAGCUGACCCCCUUCCUUAUCCUCCUCCGCAAGACGCUUGAGCAGCUGCAGGAGAAAGACACAGGCAACAUCUUCAGCGAGCCGGUCCCUCUGUCUGAGGUAACAGAAAUCUACGAAGUCCCAGACUACCUGGAUCACAUCAAGAAGCCGAUGGAUUUUCAGACAAUGAAACAAAACCUGGAAGCCUAUCGCUAUCUGAAUUUCGACGACUUUGAGGAGGAUUUCAACCUGAUUAUCAACAACUGUUUGAAAUACAAUGCCAAAGACACAAUCUUCUACCGGGCAGCCAUCCGUCUGCGGGAGCAGGGAGGCGCCGUUCUCCGGCAGGCUCGCCGGCAGGCGGAGAAGAUGGGCAUUGACUUUGAGACAGGCAUGCACUUCCCCCACUGUGUAACGGUGGAAGAGGCUCAGGUCCAAGACAUCGAGGACGAAGAUGUGCGGCUGCUGCUCUCGGAGAAUCAGAAGCACCUGCCUUUGGAGGAGCAGCUAAAGAUCCUGCUGGAGCGACUGGAUGAGGUCAGUGCUGGCAAGCAGAGCAUAGGACGGUCCCGCCGGGCCAAGAUGAUCAAGAAGGAGAUCACAGUCCUACGGCGGAAGCUCGCUCACCCGCGGGACCUGGGCCGAGAUGGGCUGGAGCGGCACAGCUCCUCUGCCAGGGGAGUCCUGCAGUCACACAACCCCUGCGAGAAGGACCUGCAGACAGACAGUGCUGCAGAAGAGAGCAGCAGCCAGGAGACUGGCAAAGGUCUGGGUCCCAAUUCUUCUUCCACCCCAGCACAUGAAGUUGGCAGGAGGACAUCAGUGCUCUUCUCCAAGAAGAACCCUAAAACUGCAGGCCCUCCAAAACGUCCAGGACGCCCCCCGAAGAAUCGAGACAGCCAGAUCGCUCCUGGGCAUGGGAACAGCCCCGUUGGGCCCCCGCAGCUCCCGAUAAUGGGGUCCUCACAGCGACAGAGGAAGCGAGGCCGAAGCCCACGCCCCAGCUCCAGCUCUGACAGUGACAGUGAUAAAUCCACUGAAGAUGCUCCCAUGGACCUGCCAGCCAACGGUUUUAGCAGCGGGAACCAGCCAGUGAAGAAGAGCUUCCUGGUGUACCGCAACGACUGCAAUCUUCCCCGGAGCAGCUCCGACUCGGAGUCCAGCAGCAGCAGCAGCAGCAGUGCUGCUUCAGACCGUACCAGCACAACGCCCUCCAAGCAGGGCAGAGGGAAACCCUCCUUCUCCCGAGUGAACUUCCCAGAGGACAGCAGCGAGGACACAUCCGGGACAGAGAAUGAGUCCUACUCCGUGGGCACAGGGCGAGGCGUGGGGCAUGGCAUGGUGCGCAAGGGCAUGGGGCGUGGCACGGGGUGGCUGUCUGAGGAUGAGGAUUCCUCCCUGGAUGCCCUGGACCUGGUGUGGGCCAAGUGCCGGGGGUAUCCCUCCUACCCAGCACUGAUCAUCGACCCCAAGAUGCCGCGGGAAGGCAUGUUCCACCAUGGUGUCCCCAUCCCCGUGCCCCCCUUGGAGGUGCUGAAGCUGGGGGAGCAGAUGACUCAGGAAGCACGCGAGCACCUCUACCUUGUCCUCUUCUUCGACAACAAGCGCACUUGGCAGUGGUUGCCCCGGACAAAGCUGGUGCCGCUGGGGGUGAACCAGGACCUGGACAAGGAGAAGAUGCUGGAGGGCCGCAAGUCCAACAUCCGCAAGUCGGUGCAGAUCGCCUACCACCGCGCCAUGCAGCACCGCAACAAGGUGCAGGGCGAGCAGAGCAGCGACUCCAGCGAGAGCGACUGAGCCGGCCCCCGCCGGCCCUCCCCCGCCGUAUCUCAGGGCAAACGGGGCUCGGGGACCCCCCCGUGCAGCUGGCCUGCACCCACCGGGCGAGGGGGGGACCGGGAGGGGGGGGGGGGGGCCGGCCCCUCGUGCCCCCCCUCGCUCUCCCAUCCCCGGUGCCCGCCCCUCCACCCCCCGCCCGCGGCUCCCCGGGAUGUUCCGGCCGCCGCCGCGGCCCGGGCAGUCCCCUCCGCCCCCCCCUCCCCCCCCCCCGUGCUGCC